AAACUUGAUCUGGAUAAUUCCAGCGAAAGGACUAGCUGCUUCUUGAUCCCCUAUCCCCGCCCUUGCGUGCUGACCUUCCUAGCUUCCCGCGAAACAAGCCAGCAUGUCUACUGACAAGAUUACCUUCUUGACCAACUGGCACGCCACCCCGUACCAUGCGCCUCUCUACCUCGCCCAGAGCAAAGGUUACUUCAAGGACGAAGGCAUCAAAGUCGCGCUCCUCGAGCCCAACGACCCCAGUGAUGUCACCGAGAUCAUCGGCACCGGAAAAGUCGAUCUCGGCUUCAAAGCCAUGAUUCACACGCUCGCCGCCGCCGCACGUAAUUUUCCCGUAACAUCCAUCGGGUCCCUCCUCAAUGAGCCCUUCACCGGCGUCGUGUACCUCACCAGCAGCGGCAUCACGCCAGACUUCACGACGCUCAAGGGCAAGCGGAUCGGCUACGUCGGCGAGUUCGGCAAGAUCCAGCUCGACGAGCUGACCGCGCACUACGGCAUGCAACCCACCGACUACACCGCCGUGCGCGUGGGCAUGAACGUCACCAAGAGCAUCAUCAACGGCGACAUCGACGCGGGCAUCGGUCUCGAGAACGUGCAGAUGGUGGAGCUGGAGGAGUGGUUGAAGGCGACUGGCCGGGCGCCCGAAGAAGUGCAGAUGCUGCGCAUCGACGAGCUGGCGCAGCUCGGGUGCUGCUGCUUCUGCAGCAUCCUGUACAUCGGGAACGACGCCUUUCUCCGCGCCAACCCCGAGAAGGUGCGCGCGUUCCUGCGCGCCUGCAAGCGCGCGACGGACUUUGUGCUGGCCUCGCCGGACGCUGCGUGGAAGGAGUUCUGCGAUUUCAAGAGCGCGAUGGAUACGCCUACCAAUCGCAAGAUCUUCGAGCGCAGCUUCGCGUAUUUCUCGCCGGAUCUGCAGAAUGUCGCGCGCGAUUGGGAGAAGGUCACGCGCUACGGUAAGAGGCUGGGUGUGCUGGAGGAGGGGUUCAGCCCGAACUACACCAACGAGUAUCUGGGAUGGGGUCUUGAGGCUGACAGUGUGGAUCCUACGGGCGAUCAGAAGAGGAUGGUGAAGCUGCAGCAGGGGGUCAAGGAGUCUGGGGGAUUUAAGCGACUUGAGAAUGCCGCGAAGACGAUCGUCGGUGCUGCUGCUGUGAAAGAGGUUUAGAUAGUACCUUUUGCUUUGACCCAAGUGGAAUGAGGGCGUGGGAGAAGAUGAAUCGGCCAGCCACUCACUCACAUAUCCGGCCCAAGAAGAUAUUGUAUAAAUGCAGUCCAUUCGAGAAAAUACUGCUCCAUCAACAUCGAAGUAUACGGUUGUCGUCAUGCUG